CCUUUAUGGGUACCGCUAAAAUGGUUUUCUCCCGUGUUCUUAUAGUGACAUGCUCUCUCUUGGUUCUUGUUUUAUCCAAUUCGAGCUCCUGUGAUGCAACAAAACAUAAGAAUUGUGGGUUUGAUGCGAUAUACAAUUUUGGAACUUCAAUGUCAGACACGGGAAACGCCAUGCAUCUAACUCCUAACGCAUCAGAAUUCAAUGCUCCUUAUGGAAGAAGCAUUAAGGAUGCAAAGGGUAGAUACUCUGAUGGAUUCCUUGUAAUUGACUACUUUGCAAAAGCAGCUUGUCUUCCCCUUCUUAAUCCUUACUUAAACAAGGAUGUAAAGGACACACAUGGUGGGGUGAAUUUUGCAGUUGCUGGUGCUACUGCCCUACCACGUGAAGCUUUGGAGAAAUUCAAUCUCCAGCCAUUUAUUAACAUUUCUCUAGAUAUCCAACUUCAAUGGUGGGGCAAUUAUGCAAAAUCAUUGUGUAAUAACAGUAAAGAUUGCAAAGAGAAACUCAAAUCAUCUCUAUUCAGUAUUGAAGCAAUGGGAGCUAAUGACUAUCUCACCGCGAUGCUUAGAGGCAAAACCAUUGAGGAGCUAAAGAAGAUGGAUCUUGUGUCUCAAGUUAUAAAAGCCAAUGAAGAAGGUGUAAGAAAAAUCAUCGGUUAUGGGGCGACUCAAGUGCUUGUCACUGGAUACUUGCACGUAGGUUGCGCACCGAGUUUGCUUGCAAUGCGCUCGAAUUCUUCCGAUGCUCGCGAUCAAUUCGGUUGUCUGAAAGAUUACAACGACUUCAUUAAGUAUCACAAUGAUCUUCUCCGGGAAGCCAUUUCAAGACUGAGAAAGGAACACCCUGAUGUGCACAUAUUGAUUGGUGAUUAUUAUACUGCCAUGCAAUCAGUUUUGGAUAAUCACCAGAAACUUGGGUUCGAAUCUGUGCUGGUGGCUUGUUGCGGCACCGGAGGUAAAUAUAAUUUUGAUCACAGAAAGAAGUGUGGAACUCAGGGUGUUCAGUCAUGUUCAGAUCCUCGAAAGUAUAUCUCUUGGGAUGGACUCCAUAUGACCCAGGAAUCUCAUAAGCACAUUGCAAAGUGGUAUAUUCAAGACAUCUUCUCAAAGUUUCAAUCCUAAAGUUUUAGCUCUACUGAAAAUUGUCUAGAAUUAUCACAUUUGUGCUAUGAAGAAUAACAUAUAUUCGCAAGCGGAAGUAUGAAGUUGAUUAAACAUACCUUUCAAUCUCCUAUAAA